AUGAGUAAAAGAAGAGGGUUCCCCUUGGUGGAUAACAAUAAUGAAAAACUUAAUAGAAGAAAAAUGAAAGCUAUAAGGCAAUGUCUUAAGAUACUAGAAGAGGAUUUUACAGAACCAAAUCAGAGAAAGCGUGAUUUGUGUCAUACAUCUAAAGCUAUGAGUGUGAAAGCCUUUCAUGAUGAUGUGGAGGAUGAAGACACUGAUUUAUUUGGUUUCCCUUCUACAGAAACCAAAACUGAUUUUAAACUUGGGCUAUGCAGUGGCAACUCACAGAGGCUAGCAAGACCCUUCAGUCACAAUACUAAAGAGAAAAAUGUUCAGCACCCGGCUUCUUCAAAUGGUGCGCUAAGGGAUAAAGCAGCACUAGCUCCGUCAGCAGACACGGACAGAAAAACUAUGGAAGAUAUUGAUGAAGCUUUGUGCGUAGCUAUUUGUAACCUCAGUCAUUUAUAUGAUGCAGAUGAGAUGCUGAAAUACUUGGAAUUGAAAGUGAAGCAUGAAGGAGACAGAGUUGCAGAAACUGCAGAUAGAACGUUUGAUGAACUUAUUACUUCUCUUCUCUCAAGGAAAAGGAAGUUGUGUACAGAAUUAGUGAAGAGCAUCGACCACUACAGUGCUGGUAUUGCAAAAGCUAAGGAAGUCAUUGAAGAGAAGAAAAAGUGCUUGAUUGGUGUCAUUAGGAUUGCAAAGGAAUUAAAAAUUACACCUUCUGUAAGAGCCUAUUGUGAUCUUGCUCAGGUUGUGUAUAAUUUGAAGUUGCCAGUUGAGGCUGAGCUCUCAAGAGUGAAUCGUUUGAAGGAAAAAAUAACUCCAAGAUUCUACCUAAACAUUGAUGAGAUUACCUCUUUGUUAAACAAUUUGGGCAAGAUCGAAUGGGGAACAACAAGGCAUGAAGAUAAUGGACAACACACUCUUAUCCGUGAUGAAGAAAUGCCAGGCCGUGAUACUCAAUCGCCUGCAGAGAAUAUGUUUCCAGCACCUGGCAGAGAAAUUAAAAUAAAGGCUCUUGCAAAUAAACUUGGUGUUCCCAAAGAAGUGAAAAAUACUCAAGUAGAGGAAACACUUCCUAUGAUACGUCAUCACAGUAUUCCUGCUCUGCCCAAGUCUCCAUCCAGUCCUGAUGUCAUAAUAGAAGAAAUAUUUGAAGAGUUUCCCACAGAAUAUCAUACUGAUGAACAGAGGAAGAAACUCUUCAAGAAGGAAAAACCUUUUCAGCACAAAGCUGGUUCGACAGAACUAGUGUUUGUAAGCCAUGUUAUAAAUCCAUGCCACUUCUAUAUUCGGAGAUACUCACAGAAGAAAGAAGCUGGGCUUUUGGAGAAGAAAUUGGAAAACUUUUGUUGCAAUAAGAGUUCAUAUCUCUUGCCUUCAGAUGUUUUGGAACUAGGUGCUAGAAUUUUUAUUAAGAGUAAGGAAACUGGAAUGUGGUGCCGUGGAACUAUCACUGAACUAAUUCCCCUAAAAAGUCAAAAUGAAAGGAAGCCUUGUGGUCCAAUAGGAUACAAAGUUUGUGAUAUUGCACUGCUGGAAGUUUUCCUGAUAGAUUUUGGGAGCUCUGUAGUCCUAAUUUUCUCAGGAUACAUUCCUGCUGAAAGGCCUGAACCUGCUACUCUGCAGACUAUUGAAACCGAUGACAUUUGUUUGUUUGUAAGGAAGCCUGAUCAGCAUAUUGAGGCAGAACUUGCAUCUGUUCCUCCUUUAGCAGUAUGCUGUUCAUUGAAGGAUGUUGUUCCCAGAAAUGCAAGUGAAGGUUGGGGAGAGGAAGCAAAGACAAAAUUUUUAGGAAUGGUCAACAAUAAAGUUGUUUUAAUGACCAUAUUUAGAGAAGAGGAUGGUGUUCUCAUUGUGGAUUUGAAAAAACCUCCAUUUAAUAAAAUAAGCAAUAACAUGCCAGUGUCUCUCAAGGAUGCAUUAGUUUUUUUAGACUUGGCAAGGUUUAGAUCACAGCUUCCCAGUCAGUUGGAAAAUAAUACCGUCUUGCAGUAUAGUCCACCUAAGAUUCCACAAGAAAGAGAAGAAGUCUCUGUUGUAGUUUGUCACAUUAAUAGUCCAAGUGAUUUCUAUCUCCAGUUGAGCGAUAGCCUGGAUUCUUUUGCUCUUUCAAAGAAAAUUCAGGAGGUAUAUAAACAUGAGCGUGGGAAAAACUUGGCAAUUGUUUGCCCAGUUGAAGGCCAAGCCUGUAUUGCAAAACAGGAAGAUGAGAAUUGGUACAGAGCGCAGAUUAUAGGGCUGCCAAGUCAUAAGGAAGUUACAGUGAAAUAUGUCGAUUUUGGCAAUGUUGCCAACUUAACUCUUAACAACAUACGCAGAAUAAAGAAGGAGUUUCUGAGCUUUCCAGAAAAGGCAAUCAAGUGCAGGCUGGCUUUCAUUGAGCCUUAUAAAAGGGCAAAUGAGUGGGACAGAGAAGCCAAGGAAAGAUUUGAAGAAAUGACUGAAGAUAAACUUAUGCUGUGUUCAGUUGUGGAAGUUUUGGAUAAUAACAUCUUAUCUGUUGAACUCUUCAACUUCUUCUCUGCUGUUCAUGGAAGAAGGUUUAGCAUUAACUGCCAGCUAGUUAAAGAAGACCUAGCAUCCUACAUACCUGGGUACACUGAAAGUACUGCUGUGACACCCAAUGAAAUCUGGGAUGUUCCUAUAGAAGAAAUUGCUGAAACCUCGGGAGCUUUAAAUCCUAUAGACAUGGAACCUGUGGAUGAAGGAGAUUUCAAAUCACUCUUUAAGAAAGAGCUGCAAAUGAGAAUUAGUCAUGUUGUGUCUCCUAGUAAAAUUUUUGUACAGUGGCUGUCAUCAGAAAGUAAACUGAAAAGUUUACAGGAGAAGAUGGCUACCAUCUACAAAGACUCCCAGCCACAGUCUGUGAAGUGGGAAAGUAGUAUGCACUGUGCUGUUUACAUACAUGAUUUGAAACAGUGGCAAAGAGGUCAAAUAAGCAGGAUUGUCUCUGAAACAAGUGCAGAGGUACUACUUUAUGAUUCUGGAGCUGAAAAAACAGUGGAUAUAAGCUCUCUAAGACAACUUGAGGAAAAUCUAAAGAUAAUUAGGACAUUAGCAGUAGAAUGUUCCUUGACAGAUAUAAGGCCAACAGGUGGAAGCAUGCAGUGGACAGCAACAGUCUGUGAAUUUUUAUCCGAUUACCUAAAUGGAACACAAGUGAAAAUAAUCAUACAGGAAAGUGAUGUGGCUUGUGCAUUGCCUGUGAAGAUUCUUUGCAAAGAUGAAACAGGACAAUGGAUUGAUAUUUCAGAACACCUUAUCAAAAAGGGCUUGGCUUUUAGAAACAGAAGAACUGAUAAAGCUGAUGUGGCUUGCACAGUCUCCAAGGAACAUCUUAAAGUACAAUUAGAGCAAGAGAACACUCGACUGGAUGGUUGUAAUUCAGAAACUGCACAGGCAAAAAAAGACGUUGCUCCAGAGGAAAACAUCACUGUUUCAGAGAGUGAACAAAAAUCAUGCGAAACAUAUAAGGCACUGCUUCAUUCAGGAAUGGAUGAAAUAUAUACAUUCCCCGUUAUACCCGAAGCAAGAAUUUUUCAAGCUGUAGUAAGUUGCGUUGGACAUGAUGGAACUAUUUAUAUAAUACCAAAAUCACUUGAAGUUGAACUAAGCAAAUUGAUGACUGAAAUACAAAGUAACUUCAAAUGCCUUGGUCUUCUGGAACCCUACUGCUGGAAAAGGGGAGAAGCUUGUGUUGUAAGAGGAUCAGAUAUGAUGUGGUAUCGAGGUAAAGUUGUAGAACUUGGUGGUGGUACUCUCCAGGUACAGUACAUAGACCGUGGCUGCAUAGAAAGGAUUCCUCAGUGUCAUCUGUAUCCAACUACAUUGUAUACUGGUAUUCCUCCAUUUUGCAUACCAUGUCAGCUCUACAAGACAGUACCAAUUGGAAAUUUUUGGCAGCAGGAUGCAGUAGAUUGCCUUCAAGAACUGCUUACAAAUGAAGAGGUUGAAAUACAUGUUCAGGAAUUGCCAGAUGACCCAUGGGGCAAAUUGUCCAUCAGCCUGUAUUUUGGUGGAAUGUCACUUUCUUCCUUCAUGGCAUACAAGAAGUACUGUGUUGCUGAAGAUUGUCAGGACACACUAAAACUGGAGCUACUCGAAAGAGACAUUCCUGUUUUGCCUUCGUACACAUUGCCACCACUACCAAUUCCAGGAGAUACCUUUCCUGUCAGAGUUACGCAUUUGGUGUCCCCUAAGGAGGUAUAUAUUUGCUUUGAUUCUUCUAAGAACCUUAUGAAGCAGUCUACCACAAAGGGAGAUGCCAGCUGUGACUCGGAGUUGGUGAGCCUUGAUGAAGCCCUGAAAUGGUGCAAUAAAAGUGUGGAGUGUCUUCCUCUUCUUACACACUUCCGAACAGAAAUGCCUUGCCUUGUAGAAUACCAGGAUGGUAUAUGGUAUAGAGCAAAGCUCCUCUCCAUUGAAGAGUUUGACCCUCCAAAGAUCCUGGUUCAGUUUGUUGACUAUGGUAGUUUUUCAGUUGUCCCAACAGACAGGUUGCGUCACAUACCUUAUCAUCUGCUGAAGUACCCUGUUCAGGCAGUACGAGCUCUGUUGGCUGGAUUUAAACCUGCUUUAUAUGACAAAAAUGUAGAAAGAAUUCCUUAUUCCCCAGAAUGGAGUGUGGAAGCGUUAUGGGCUAUGAUGGAAUGCGUUGAAGGAAAACAGCUCUCUGCUUCCAUACUUGCUCUUUCACCGGAAGUCACCAUUUCUUUGUAUGAAGAUGAAGAAAAUCUAGUUCAUAUGAAACUGAUAGAAAUGGGCCUUGCAGAUUUGGAUGAGUAG